UUUUCAGUACGAGCAGGCGCCGUGUUCGGGCAGACACAGACGCAGGCACCGACACGGGCAGGCCUGGCAGUUCCCCCAACUCGCGGAGUAAACGGUGCAACUCAAGAGCCGAGUAGCGGGGAAAGUCGGAUCGCCAUCCUAAUGGAGCUGCGAAACUGCAGAUAGACAAGCAAAAAAACCAUAAUCCUACCAUCUACCGAGCAGUGGCCCAUGUAGGAUCGGCCAUGGGUGAUGCAGAAGUGGAGCCCUCCCCUGCCCAGGUGGAGGAACUGCAGCGGAGCCCUUCUGUUUCCUCCACGUCCAGCACCUCGUCUCCAUCCUCUCCCUCCGCCGGCCAUCACCAACAGUCCCUCAGCCCCGGCAGCAGUGACAGCACUCGGGGUGUUAGCCCGCCUCUGGAUGUCAUCUCAGAGGGUGUGGGGGAGCUCACCUUGGUCAUCGACCCAGAGGUGGCUAAGAAAGCUUGCCAGGAGGUCCUGCAGAAGGUGAAAUUGCUCAAGGGCAACACAGAUGGCCUGGUCAAUGGGGGCACCCAUGUGGACCCUCCCAAGAUUAGAGAGGAAGAGGAGGACCCCCUCCCCGGCACAGUGAAGAGCGCCCGGCGGCGGCAGAAGUACAACUCUUCAAAGCAGUCAUGGCUCCUGCGGCUCUUCGAGUCCAAGCUCUUUGAUGUCUCCAUGGCCAUCUCCUACUUGUACAACUCCAAAGAGCCUGGUGUACAGGCCUACAUAGGCAACCGUCUCUUCAGCUUCCCUAAUGAAGAUGUGGACUUCUACCUGCCCCAGCUACUCAACAUGUACAUCCACAUGGACGAGGACGUCGGAGAUGCCAUCAAACCUUACGUGGUGCACCGCUGUCGACAGAGCAUCAACUUCUCGCUGCAGUGCGCCUGGCUUUUGGGUGCCUACUCUUCUGACAUGCACAUUUCAACGCAACGUCACUCUCGGGGCACCAAACUCCGCAAAGUUAUCCUCUCUGAUGAGCUCAAGCCCUCUGGCCAACGUGGCAGGAGAGAGCUGGCACCGCCCUCAUGCCCGCCCCCCAUUCUCAGCCAUGCCCACCCUGAGCAUGGGCUCUCACCUUCCAAGCGCACACACCAGCGCUCCAAAUCUGAUGCUACCGUCAGCAUCAGCCUCAGCAGCAACCUGAAGAGGACAGCCAGCAACCCCAAGGUGGAGAGUAGCCAGGAUGAGCCAGCACGCCUGACUCCCCAGCGAGAGUUCAUCAAGUCACUGAUGGGCAUCGGCAAGCGGCUGGCCACACUUCCCACCAAGGAGCAGAAGACCCAGCGUCUCAUCUCAGAGCUGUCACUGCUCAACCACAAACUGCCGGCACGCGUCUGGCUGCCCACGGCGGCGUUCGACCACCACGUGGUCCGUGUGCCUCACACCCAGGCCGUGGUGCUCAACUCCAAAGACAAAGCACCGUACCUCAUUUACGUGGAGGUGCUGGAGUGCGAGAACUUCGAGACGUCCAGUGUUCCGGUGCGGAUACCAGAGACGCGCAUCCGCAGCACGCGCUCGGUGGAGAACCUGCCCGACUGCGGUAUCACGGCCGAGCAGCGGGCCGCCAGUUUCUCCACCGUGCCCAACUACGACAACGACGAGGAGGCCUGGUCCGUGGACGACAUCGGCGAGCUGCAGGUGGAGCUCCCAGAGAUCCACACCAACAGCUCAGACAACAUCUCGCAGUUCUCGGUGGACAGUAUCACCAGCCAGGAGAGCAAGGAGCCUGUCUUCAUCGCAGCCGGGGACAUCCGCCGAAGGCUUUCCGAGCAGCUGGCCCACACGCCCACGACGUUCAGAAGAGAUCCAGAGGACCCCUCUGCUGUGGCCCUCAAAGAGCCUUGGCAGGAGAAAGUUCGGCGAAUCAGAGAAGGAUCCCCGUACGGCCACCUCCCCAACUGGCGACUGCUCUCUGUCAUCGUCAAGUGUGGGGACGACCUCCGACAAGAGCUGCUCGCUUUCCAGGUGCUGAGUCAGCUGAAGUCAAUCUGGGAGCAGGAGCGGGUGCCCCUGUGGAUAAAGCCAUACAAGAUCCUGGUCAUCUCCUCGGACAGCGGCAUGAUCGAGCCGGUGGUGAAUGCCGUGUCCAUCCACCAGGUGAAGAAGCAGAGCCAGCUGUCGCUGCUGGACUACUUCCUGCAGGAGCAUGGAAACUACACAACCGAGGCCUUCCUCAGCGCACAGCGCAACUUCGUGCAGAGCUGCGCCGGCUACUGCCUCAUCUGCUACCUGCUGCAGGUCAAGGACAGGCACAACGGCAACAUCCUGCUGGACGCCGAGGGCCACAUCAUCCACAUAGACUUUGGCUUCAUUCUCUCCAGCUCACCCCGUAACUUGGGUUUCGAAACCUCCGCCUUCAAACUCACCAGCGAGUUUGUGGAUGUGAUGGGGGGGCAGGAUGGUGACAUGUUCAACUACUACAAGAUGCUGAUGCUGCAGGGCCUGAUUGCUGCACGGAAGCACAUGGAUAAAGUGGUCCAGAUUGUGGAGAUCAUGCAGCAAGGCUCGCAGCUGCCCUGCUUUCAUGGCUCGAGCACCAUCCGGAACCUAAAGGAGCGUUUCCACAUGAACCUGACUGAGGAGCAGCUGCAGGUGCUGGUGGAGCAGAUGGUCGAUGGGUCCAUGCGCUCGCUCACCACCAAGCUCUAUGACGGCUUCCAGUACCUCACCAACGGCAUCAUGUGAACAUGCUUCCGGAGUCGUGUGGAAAGACACUGGCAGACUUGGGGUCCGUCUCCCCUUUCACAUCCUUUCCCGGAAGUAUCCCACGUAUGAAUUCUCUCCUAGUGGAUGGACACUCUUGGGCUAGUUCUUCAAUUUUUUUAUACAGUGACGACUGAGAGUUCGGAUGUCAUUUCCGGUUCCUUCUCUUCCCUUCACCUUUUCUGCAUCUCUAUUUAAUUUAGUGCAUCAGUUCUCUAUAACCCUCCCACCACUUUCUCUCAUGUUGUGAUGUUCCUGAAUCCCCACAAGCUGCACAACCUGCCGCUUUGGAUCACUAUUCCUUCCCCCCCCCCCCCCCCCCCCCCCCUCACAUUGGUGCACGUUCAUGAUGGUACUCCUUAAGUUUAUCAAAUUUAUGGUAAGCAUGUGCUUACCAUGUGUUGUAAGAUACAUCAAUCUUAGGCAUAGAUCAGUUCCUCUGCAGUAGCCGGGAAGCGGAGGCAUGAUAAGCUGAGCCAUGGUGACGGGAGCCUCGCCUGGAUGGUCACCAGCCUCACCUGGAUGGUCACCAGCCUCACCUGGAUGGUCACCAGCCUCACCUGGAUGGUCACCAGCCUCACCUGGGUCUUCAGAGGAUCUCUGCAUCUGUGAUUGCUGCAUCCCGACGACCUGCUCUUUAACCACCUGUUAGGGAUGGAUAUUUGGUACCUUGCUUAAUUCGAGGAAAGCUGUUACUUCUCCUUGAUGUGUGUUGAGGUUCAGUUUUGAGUGUGAUCCUAUAUCUCAGGGGAUGGAAUGCAGAAACAAAUGCCGUCUUUGAUUAAUGUGAUGCUUAAAACCUCAGUUUUGUUACAUAAUAUGGCAUUCAGCAGUAAACUGAUUUAAUGAGACUUUUUAUUGUUCUUGGUAAAAAGUCUAGUUUUACUGUGGAUUGUUUUAAAAAUGCGUUUUAGAUAAUAGAGCAUCAAACUAUUAUCCCUAUGGAAUUCUGAAGUGUAGAUAUGUUAGUGGAAAUUGUACAGUACUACGGAUGUCUGAUUUCAGCUAAGACCUUGAUUUGUAUGUGUACAGCAGUUCCCUCCUAGGAGGUGAUGCUUUUUUCCUGUAAAGUUACAAACCUGCAGUCUACCAGACUCCACCAAAGCAAAUGGGUCUUUCCCUGUUUCACAACGUCGGCCAUGUAGCCAGAGAACACUUACUAGCAGGCCUAGUAUCCCCACCUGCCGUGGAUCUGAUUACAACUUGUUGUGCAUGUCUGUGAUGCAAUAUCAAAGCUUACCCACUGUGAUAGACACAGUGGGGGUCCCUCCCGACCCCAAGGUCCCUGGAGUGCAUAAGCGCACUCUAACAUCUGAAUUCCUGUAGAAGAGGAGGAACCCGACCAGGUAAGACAUGCGACACGCCACACAAACGCAGGCAGCGUGUUCUUCACGAAAUGUCAGGAGGAUCCCAAAAAACGUCGUUUGUGCAGAUGACUGCGAGAAUUUUUUUUUUUUUUUUUUUUUUUUUUUUUUUUAGGGAAGUGUCAGUUGUCAUGACACCAAGCAGAAUGCAGGAUUUUUGAAGGCGAAUCUUUGGACUGAAUGAAAAAUUAAUUGACCUUUUUUUGCCAUUUUAUCGCCUGGAUGUCCCAUUGCCCCCUAUGGAGGAAAUGAUAUGAGAUGUGAAAAUGACUGUUUUGAUGCCUAAGCCACUAAAGAAAGACUUUGUGGGUUCAGGGAAUUUAAACAAGAAAAAUGCUCUGUGGUUUUAACCCUUUUCUCUGCACAUGUUCUGAGGUCCACGUACUUGAAACAAAAUGAUCUGGAAUUGAGGUUUACAAAAAGGUUUGACUGAGGUGCUUUUUUUUUCCCUUAUUUUUUAUUUUCUCCCCACAGUUUUAGGAAAAUUCCAUAUAGGAAAACUGAUUUAGUUUACGUUUAAGGGUGGAAAAUAGUCUGCUGUGAAAGCGCCAGACUGCUUUCAGCCUGCUUCUCUCCAAAAACACCGCUGUUCAUCGUUCUGCUCGCUUUCGCCCUCUGCAGUUCAGUUCUUAUAUUGCAUCUGCGGCUGAUAUCUCACGGUCACCGUUUUUGUUAGGGUUGUGGAAACAGGAGACACACGUACUAGUCUCAAGGAAUUAUCUCAAGUUUAAUUUUGUGGACUGUUCUAUCUCCUUUAAUUGUUGUAAUGGACCAUCUCACAUGAUCACGUGAAUGACCCGUAACUUGUGAAUGUUUCUUUGUACAAUAAAAGACAUUUUCUCGUCUGUCUAUGUACAA